AGCGGCCAGCUCGAGUGGCUGAUAUCAGCCAUAGUCGCUCUAACCCGCAUCGGGCAAUGGCUUAUCCUCGGAUGCUCCACCUGUCGACAUCUGUGACUACGCCGUCUUUCGACACAGCUACUAGGCAACUAAUCGGCCGUGGACUGUAUAUUGUGCCCCUGGAGCUUCUCAUCUUCAUGGCUGCGCAGGCGAAGAAGAGGGUAUCCCUUAAUCUUGUCUUGCCGGACCGGCUACCCGCCAGCAAAACACGUGCAUAUAAAUCAGCCUACCCCCCAGGGCGCAAGAAGAUAGGUAGGUAAGUAGGUAGGUAUACCAACCGAACUCCUGAUCGCUCCCACAUAUCUCCAUCAGUACCUAGUUGUCCCAUCUGCUCUUCAAUAGCAGUUCGUUUACGCCAACCACAAGCCACCAUGCGCAUCUUCGUCACCGGUGCCUCCGGCUUCAUCGGAAAAUCGGUCACCAAAGAGCUCCUCGGCGCAGGCCACACCGUCUUAGGCCUCGCUCGCUCCGACGAGGCGGCCGCGGCCCUGACUGCUCUUGGAGCCGACGUUAAGAGGGGUUCCCUCUACGACUUAAACGCCCUCAAGCAGGGGGCUGCUGCGUCUGAUGGCGUGAUCCACCUGGCGUUUGUUCACGAUUUCGCCGACUUCGCCCAGAGCUGUCAAACCGACCAAGAAGCUAUCCGGGCUAUGGGUGACGUGCUCGCCGGGUCGAGCCGCCCUCUGAUAAUCACCUCAGCGACUAUGGUGCUUCCCCACGGCCGUGUCGGGACAGAAGACGACUCCUACGACCCCUUAUGGCCCAAGUCCGCCGCUCGUGGGCAGUCGGAGACGUUGGCCAAGAGUCUGGCUUCCGAGGGGAUCCGCACAGCAGUCAUGCGGCUCGCACCGGUGAGUCACGGCGACGGUGACCACAUGUUUAUGCCCGCCCUGAUCGCCACGGCGCGUGAGAAAGGCGCCUCGGCCUACGUCGGCGACGGCCUGAACCGCUGGCCUGCGGUCCACUAUUUGGACACGGCCGUUGCCUAUCGAUUGGCUUUAGAAAAGGCCCGCCCCGGCUCCGUAUUCCACGUCGUGGCAGAGGAUGUCAGGAUGAAGGACAUUGCGGCAGUUAUUGGCGAGAAACUUAGCCUCCCAGUCGAGUCGAAGUCCAAGGAGGAAGCCCAGGCGCACUUUGGUCCGUUUCUCGGCCCCCUUGUUAGUGUGGAUAACCCUACCUCGAACAGGAAGACUCGGGAAGUUCUGGACUGGCACCUUCGAGAGCGUACGCUCCUGGCUGAUCUUCGAGAUGGGAAAUACUUCGAGGCGUGAUCUAUCUGGCAGAAAGGAUCCCCAAAAAGAAAAAUUCGCAUCAAUCCCGGACAAGUUAUGGUGGCUAGGUUAUUAUAUUUACAGUGUAUCAUAAUCUAGACGUAGUACGAGCGUGAAUUACUAUUACACUGAUUUUGUCCGUUGA